UAUGUUGGUAUCUUCAAAGAGGAAAGUUAGAGCUGGAGCUAAUAGUCUAAAAAAUAUAUUUAAUACACUUCAGAAUUUAAAAAUUUAAGAAAAGUGAAACGAUAUUUGGAAUGUCACAGCCAUCGCCUCAGCUAAACAAAGUUUCACUCAAACGUCAUAUACGAACGUAUACGGAAUUCCGACGUUUUCACCAGUACCCGAAGGCAACAUUGUGACGUCAGCGCGUAAAGAGGGAAGUUUGGUUUUGUUUUGAUUCCGUAGCUGACAGCGCUAAUGCUAACUCUCUGCUGUCUUUCUAAAGUUCGCGUUUAUUCAAAGUUUGGUUUAUUUCUAAGACUAUAACUUUUUUUUUAGACUCACUGAAUCGCAGCAUUUCCUUUAGGAGUUAAACAUUAUCAACCUUAACUAAAUGUAAAACGAUGGAGAGUUCACUGGUGAAAGAAAACCCUUUGCUUUUGCCUUUUGACGUGGAGAAAACCAUUUAUGACGGAUUCGUCACAGUCCAGGAACGUGACUUCAGAUUAAGAAUACUGCUGCCACCAGACCGACAACUGAAGAAGGCCAAGCUUCACUGCAGCUGGCAUUUAAGACACCUGUUGCGUGGAUCGGAGCACAUAGUGAAGCAGAGGCUGCAGCAGUCGACCAAUCUCGAGAGUUUUUUGCUGGAGCUGAAGACGAUUUUGGAAGUGGUUCUGAAGGGCCGUUCCGAGUGCAGCUCCAUUCCGCCUCCUCAGUAUUACUCACAGCUCAUCUCUGAGAUGGAGACCCUUGGGUGGAACAAGUUGCUUUUCAUAGACACGCACUUCAAGACGCUGAGACUAACGGCGCAGGACUCCGCAGGACGGCAGCACGCGCUCACCGUUAAACUCAAGUCCAAGCAUCCUGCAGAAGCCCCUGAGUGUUCAGCCGACCUGCCGCUGCCGCUGGCUUUGACUUGGACUCAACAGAGCACUCUGGAGCACCUCUACAGCCAGUUCCUGCUGGUCCUGGAGUCUCUGACGGAGUUCUGGGAAAUCCUUGAUGAGAUUGACCUCAACACAUGGGUCCUGGAGCCAGAAAAGCCCAGUCGCUCGGACACCAUGAGGAGGAUUGCAAUCGGAAGCAACGCGUCCAUCAGAGUGGAGGUGGAUCCCAGACACCCCAAGAUGCUGCCAGAGUGCUGCCUGCUGGGAGCUGAGCACAUUGUGACUCCACUCAGGAACAAACUGAACAGCAACAUGCACCUGUGGAACCCAGAUUCCAGCGUCUUGUUCAACCUCCGGGAUGUUUUGGAGAUUGAAUUCCCGUCACCUGCCACCCACGAAAAAUCUGACUUCAGUGUGGAGUGUGGGAUUUGUUAUUCCUAUCGUCUCGAAGAUGCAAUCCCUGAUCAAGUGUGUAACGACCCUCGCUGCGGUCAACCCUUCCACCAGGCCUGUUUGUACGAGUGGCUUCGAGCGCUGCCUUCCAGCAGACAAAGCUUCAACGUCGUAUUUGGAGAGUGUCCUUACUGCAGCAAGCCCAUCACUGUGAAAAUGUCCACUCACACCUGAGGAGUGAGGAGUGGAGUCCAGGACACUGUUGCAGCGUGGCUGUGGCCCAACUCGUGGUCUGCAGCCAUCUCCUGCUGCUGGUCGUGAUUAAAGACCAUUGGAGAAAACAACCAAGCAGGAAGGAAUCAGCCCACUCUGGCAGAAAACACCCAGAGAACCAGAGA